GAAGUGUCAGUAAGCACUUCAAAACACAUAUGAUAAAAAAAUUGUAAGAAAUUUUGAAAAAUGUGAUCUUUGUGUGAAGAUGAUAAUACACCAUUAGAGAUUGUGAUUUUUGCAUCUCAUUUUUUCAUCAUUCUCCAAUCUCAACCUCCAAAGGCAAAUGUCACCUGGAGUAUUAACCUCUAUUUACAUUAUUACCCUUCAACUAAUUAUUCUAUUCACUUCACCAGCUACCUCUCAUUCUCAUUACUCUUCUCCUUCGCCACCAGCCGCACCCUUCUCGGAAUCCCCUAACAAACGUCCCUUUCCUCCCGCCUCCGAAUGGCUCUCCGCCCACGCCACAUACUCCUCCACCUCCGAUGACACCAGAGACGCAGUCGACGGCGCAUGCGGCUACGGCGACGCUCUAAGAGACCGUUACGGCAUCACCGCAGCUUCUCUUAGCGAAACUCUCUUUCAACACGGCCAGAUCUGUGGCGCAUGUUAUGAGCUUCGCUGUUUUGAGGAGGAUGUUCCCUUCGACCGGCGGUGGUGCGUCUCCGGCAGGUCUAUUGUUGUCACCGCUACUAAUUUCUGUGCUCCGAACUACGGUUUUGACGCGGAGAGUAACGGUGGACAUUGUAACCCUCCUAAGCAGCAUUUCGUGAUUCCGGUUGAAGCUUUCGAGAAGAUUGCGAUUUGGAAAGGGGGUAGCAUGCCCGUGGAGUAUCGCAGGACAAAGUGCACAAGGGAAGGGAGAAUGCGGUUUACAAUUACAGGUUCUGGCAUAUUCAAUUCAGUGCUGAUAAGUAAUGUGGCUGGCAUAGGUGACAUUGUUGGUGUAAAAGUUAAGGGUUCAAAAACUGGUUGGAUUCCUAUGGGUAGGAAUUGGGGUCAAAAUUGGCAUGUAAAUGCAUUGCUACAAAAUCAACCUCUUUCAUUUGAGGUCACUAGUAGUGAUGGUGUAACCGUUACAUCUUACAAUGUAGCUCCUAAGAAUUGGACCUUUGGACAAACCUUUGAAGGCAAGCAAUUUGACUCUUAGGAAAAGAAUAAACAAAAAUCUAACUUGUUUCAAAGGACCAUUCUCCUUCCAUGAGUUACCUUAAGUUAGGAUUAUCAAACACAUUUUUUAUCAUAUUUUGUUCCUCUCAACAAUUAUCCUAUUUUUUGAAUUUGAGAAAAUAAAUUAAAUUCCAUGAAUAAUAAUAGUAGCUCUAAGGUAUUGUUGAUAUGCGUAAAUUUAGGUUUGAAUUCAUCUGGGAUUUUUCAUUUGUUCACA